AUGCUGUACUCCCUGCAGCCGUACCUCAAGUACUUCGCCCUUAUGGGCCUAGUGCCUUGGAGCGAGAAAUGUGCCCGGUAUCAGUUUCUGCAGAGGAUUUACUCCGUUUUCCUCAUACUCAUCAACGUGGUCAUGUUUAUAGUUUCGGUUGCUAUGCCGGCUUCGGAUGAGCAGUUGCUCUCACUGAUGGUCAACGUGAUUGUGUUCGUGGCCAAGAUCGUGGCAAUGACCGUGGUCCUGGUGCAAAUGACGAUCCAAUACGACGGCUACUACCAGUUCUGCCAGGAGCUCAAGUACCUGGGUCUCCGGCUUCAGGGUGAGCUGAAGAUUCCUUUGGGCGGAUUGAGCUGGAAGUGUUAUACCAAGAUUCUGGGACUCGGUGCCAUCUGCUUGGUGGCGGUAAUACCCUCGGCAUAUGUUUCGUUCAAUGUGACCCUGAUUUACUUCUGGGUAUCGCUUUUACCUGUACUGGUCAUCCGGAUGCAGUGUGUCCUGCUGCUGCUCUACGUGGAUCUGCUGGGCCAUCACAUGAGGCUUCUGGGCAAUCGGCUACAUGACGUACUCAACUGCCACAUGAUGGAUGCCAAUUGUGUCUUGGACGGUAACUGCAAGCAGCUCUGUUCCCUGGAGUUCCUCUUGGAACUGAAGCAGAGCCACAUGGAGCUCUAUCAGCUCUUCACGCACUUCAACGACCUCUUUGGCUGGUCCAUCCUAAGCAUCUUCGUGGUUCUGUUCCUAGACAGCACGAUCAACAUUUACUGGACACAGCAGGUCCUUGCCGAGGUCUACGACAACACAUACCUUAUUGCCACAAUUUCCACUUUUAUUCCCACAUUCGCCAUUUUGUUUGCCCUUUGCCGUUGCGGAGAGUUCUGCAGGAUGCAGAACAUGCUCAUUGGUAGCUAUGUCAGGGGUUUGACCUGCCAUCCGACUCUCCAGAGGGAACCGGCAUAUAAUGAUCUCUUAAUGGAGUUUACCAUGCAAGUUGAACAUAAUGUUUUGAUCAUUAAUGCCGAAGGCUUCAUGAACGUUGAUAACUCUUUACUAAUGUCGAUAUUGGCUGCUAAAGUUACAUAUUUAAUAGUGCUUAUGCAGUUUAGUUCUUUGUAG